GGAUUGAGGAGGUCGCCAGCACACACACAGGGGAAGUCACCAGCGUCAGAGGGGCCCUUGAGGGAAUUGGAGAUGCAUUUAGAUAUUUCUCGGUGGAGGGCGUCGCUUCAGGGUGAGGGGCAUGGAGAGCAGGCAAAGGAGGUGCCACGAGAGGAGGUACCACAGGAAGAGGUCCAGGGUACUCAGCGAGAGAGAGGGCUGGGCGAUGAGGGGAGACGUGCAGGAAAAGAAGUAAUAGAGGUUGAAGAGGACACGCCCCCACAGACGCCAGCAGUGGGUUUGAGACUCCGGGAUGCACCAGGGAGCACCCGGCCGACAAAUGAGGGGUUGCAGAGAAAGGAGACCCCUUUACCUUCGUCAGAAAAGGCUUCUUCGCCAGAAGAGAGGGCAGCUGUAAAGAGAGAAACUUUGAUCCUGAUUGAUAGGCACCUAGCAGCUCAUGCCCUGGAGUACCCAGACCUGGAGGAGCCAGCACCUGCAGAGCCACGCCAGGAGUCAUGCCAGCCCGAGAAGGAAAUGGAAGCAAUAGAUGAGAUAUGGCAGGAGAGGCAGAGGUUGGAGGCAGCAGGGGAGCUCCCGGAGCAGCAGCAAGAGAGGCAGAGAUCGGAGACAACAGGAGCACUCCCGGGUCAGCCGCCCAGCGCACCAGCUAGGGCCCCAGAGAUUCCUGAGAUAUGGAGGGACUUCUCGGAGCAGAGAGGAGAGGAGCUUCCAUCGCCAGUCAGAGCCGGGUUUGGGGUGGCCAGGAAGGCGGAAGAAAGGUUAGAUUGUAAAAUCAAGUUCCUGGCCAAUACCACUUUUGACCGGCACUUGUUAUUAGAGGGCGAUCUGGCGGGGAAGAAAAUGAAGGAAGCCAGCCAUGGAGUACGUCUGGAGGCUAUGGAGAUGAAAAUUCAGGAACUUAGGGCUUUGAAGGCCAGCCAGGCAGCUAUUAUUGAGAGUCUGAGGCAGCAAACCCAGGGAAAGGCGGACAGACCAGAGAGCAGCCGGCAGGGAGAGCAGAGGCAGCCAGGACAGGGAUUGCCAGGACAGCCAUCUGCGACAGAGCCUCGCCAGGAGCCGCCUAUGGGGAGAGUUAUCUUGGAGCCAGAGGAGGCAAGAGCCCAAAGACAGGCAGAGAGAGAGGCGUUCGAGUUUAGAGCCCCUACUGAGCUCGCGACUCUGUCGGUGGCGGCGGCAGGUCCGGUCGUACCUUUGGCAGUAGAGGAGGGGCUGCCACCAUCUAGCAGUGAGCCGGCUCAGGGCUCGGCAGAGGGAUCCAUGGGCGUGCUCCUUGAGACGGUGCAUACUAUGCGGGAGGAGGUGAGUUUGUUUUCACCUGAGCAGAGGAUAGAGGAGCCUCUUGAGAGAGAGAUGGGGAUUGAGGAGGAGGAUGUCAUGGAGGGCAGACUCCAGAGGAUAGGCACACCUGAGUAUGGACCAGAGGAGAUUGAGGAACAACCCACGGCAGUGCCAGGGGCGACACUCGAGAGGAGGCCUCAGAGGUUGGACACGCCCGAGUACGUCCCAGCGACAGAGGAUUUGAGAGGCAGGCUAGGAUCUUGGGCUACUGGAUCUGGGUCUAGUGGACCGGUUCCGAGGACAGAGCGGCAGGAAGUCGUUGGUACUGCAGCUCCUCAAGCAGAGCAGCAGGGGGUUAUCAGUACCUUGGCAGGAUCUCCUUCAUCACCACCUCCUCAGCCCAGGAAGAGGAAGUUCAAGAGGAAGGUUGAUCAACUAUGUUUCUACUGCAAGAGGUGCGCGCAUCAUGCUUUGGACUGUCUCGAGUUUCUUGAGGAUAAGGCAGCAGGGAAGAUCUCAGAGGUAGGGGGUAAAAUGUAUGAUAGACAGGGUAGGAUAGUAGAGAAGUCCGCAGAUGGACUUAGGGCUCAGUUAUAUAGGCAAAACCAAGAGAAGUUGAGGAGGUAGGGCUCGGUUUUGUCUAUAUAAGUGAGCGAGCAUUUUGUGGG